AUGGCCAAUACGCCAUCGACCAGUCCUAAUCCCGGAAUGCGAAGUGAACAUGAUCCACAGACGCUCCAGCCCGUAGCAAUCAGGGCAGGAAAGGGGAAAAAGUGUCCCUUUUGCUCAAGGGAGUUCUACAAAGCCGAUCAUUUUCAUCGGCACAUUCGAUCACACACUAAAGAGAAGCCAUUCCGCUGUCACAUUUGUCGCAAGGCCUAUCCCCGCCAAAUCCACAGGCAAGACUCGGACGUCACCGAAUCGUGCACGAGAGCGACUCCGAACGAGGCACCUCAGACAGCAUAUCAAGACGCCUCUCCAUCCGCUAAUUCGACUUCGACUUCGAGAUCCAGAUCCAUGAACCUUGAGGUUUCAAGGCCCACGUUGUACGAGAAGCAAUCAACCCCGGCGUCGCAUUCGUCAGGGAGAUCAUUGGGGUACGGCCACCACGAGAAUGUGCAAGAUUCAUAUGCCACAAUAGCAUCAAGCUUCCCGCAGGCUUCUCCAUCACAAGAUCCCUCGAGCAAUCCCAUAGGGGCAAUGCAAAGUCUAGAAGACAGAAUUCACGGCGCUGCGACAUUCAGUCAAUCUCAGAUCGCAGCACCCAUGCUGUCCUCCCCUGCAGUGGCCGAACAUGACGCCACUCUAAAUGCACAAACUAACCAAAUCAACUUCAAUGGGCCCCUUGAGACACACCCGUUUAUGGAGCCACUUACUGACAUCCACUCCGGACAUUGGCUCCUGGAAGAUGACUUCGAUUUUACCGUAUUCGAACCCAUGGGGUUUAGCAGCACUCUACACGAACCCCAGCUGAUAAAUCAUGACAAUAAUCCAAAGUCGUCGCAUCAGCAAAAGACAGAGAAACCCAAAUUUCGACCAGCAGUCCUCGAUCUCAGACAAAUCUGGUAUAUCCAGGUUUCUGGUAUGGAAAACGAGCCUGAGCUAGAUUCGGGGACGGCAACUCCAAGGGAUGCCGCUACAACGACUCUCGACAACAUUGACGAAACAUAUCGGGUGAGAAUGGCAAGCAAGUUGCGACCACCCCUGCGGGAUGAGCCGCUGCCCUCCAUUGACUUUAUGAAUCUAUGUAUUCAUCUCUUUUUCACCAGAUUCAAUGUCGCUUUACCCCUCAUACAUAGCCCUUCUUUUCGGCCAACACACAGCAAUGCUCUGUUGGUGCUCUCGAUUUGCUCGGCAGGAUGUCUAUCUCUUGGCUCUGAGGCGUCGGCAAAAACGGGUUCCAUGCUCUUUGAACGAGUGAACAAGGCUAUUCUUGUUGCUCCCUGGGAAAGAGUCCUUCCUCGACCUAAUGACCAAACCUGGAAUAUCGUAAAGGCGUCUAUAAUCGGUCAGACUUACGCACUGCUAUCUGGCGAUCCAGCUCACCGAGCAACGGCCGCUGCCUAUCAUGGGUCGCUCAUCGCGCUUGCUCGUCACCACAAGUUAUUUAAUCCGGCACCGGCUUUUUAUCUCCCUGAUGAUCUUUCUACUGAGGAUCUGGACAAAGCAUGGAGAACGUGGGCAACGCAAGAAGAGCUGAGGAGGAUAGCUGUGCUGCUUUAUAUCCAUGACGCCGAGAUCGCUGCAUUGUUUCAUCAUGAGCCGGUCUUUCGUCACAAUGCGGGACAUAUACCCACAGUCUCCUCACCAGAACUCUUCUCCGCUCCGUCAGCGUCCACCUGGGCUUCAUUACUCCGAGCUGAGCAAAGAGAAAGCCAAUUCGGAUCCCCCGAUUAUCGAGCUGAAAUCACUAGCUCUUUCAACGUCGGGCACGGAACUAUUCGUGGCGAGAGCCAGUCAAACCCCUUGUUACAGAGAGGCAUGAAGUACCGCAACAUAUUGAAUGUCUAUAACAACCUUUCGGGUAUCAGUGCGUCGAUAUGUGAGUGCCGACAUUUGGAUCUCCUCUCUUUUACCAUGGUGAGCAAAUUCGAAUCUGACCUUCUCACUUGGUAUGCGUCCACACCAAAGGGCUUCAAAGUGUCUUCCGACGCCUCUACGCAGACAGAAGCUCCAUUCAGCUUGCUUCCAUUAUGGCAUUACAACUUCCUCACCUUGAGUACAGAUCUCAAUGUUCUUGAGAUUGCAGUCGGCAAGGAAGGUAACGAAAUUGCCCCGGCGACUCGGGAGUCAGUGUUAUCCUGGAUUACGUCGUUGGAUUCCAAAAGAUGCUUGCUCCACGCCUUGUUCCUGCAAAAUCUGAUCGUAUCCACAAACAUGGGCGCUCUUGUUGCUAUUCAUACCCCACGAAUUCUGUUCUCGGCCGCGAUCUGUUGGUAUUGUUAUAUGCUGUACCUGCCAGAGUGUCCUUCAGCGUCAAUAUCAUGGACCUCCCCGUUCCCAGCUGGCAUGUUUGAACCACUAAACUCGUUGCCUGAGAUCCAGCUGCUUCGCGAAGGCAAAAGUUUAGACCCGACCAACAUCUACCCGGUGCCACACAUACUUGACGAAACUCUCGCUGCUCUGCCGAAGAUCCUGGCUGCGAACAUUGCCGAAAUGAAGGCUAGUACCCUUUGUGUCAUUGAGUGCAUUCUCCGCAGACUAGGGACGAGUGGUAUUUCCCUGCGAUUUGCAGACAUAAUUCAGGCUUUCAUUUCGGGGGAGACAAAGAGCACCCGAGUGGAUCAGUACACCGUUCAACAAAUUUCCCAGCCUACAGCAGCGUAA